UCCUUGAGGCACUCCUGUUGACUCCUGUAAUGCUAUUUGAACACUCCCAACAAAGAACUUGGCAACACUGGAUAAAGAAAUUGACAUUCAGGAUAUUACCAGGCUAAAGUGUCCCAGUUUGAGUGUAUCUGUUUUUCAGUUUUUGAUGUUUAACUUCGUAGGUGUGAAACAUGUCUGUCACUGUUGUGAAAGACAAAGGAGUGACGAUGAUCACUGUGGUAUCGGACGUGAAGAGCAUGCUUCCCCCACUGUGUCAGAUCCUCAAAGCUCUCUGCUACAGUCCCAGAUGCUGCUCUGUGAGGCCAGGAAUGCUGCAGACAGGCGUGACUGCUGCUCUCGGGGUAAGAAAACUGAAUUAUUUUUAUAUUUGGAUGCUGUUUAUAGACAAAGUGACGGUUCUGUCUGAUGUAUUAACUUUGUAUCUCCACAGACUGUACAGAUCCUGGUGGGCUUGUUCAACCUUGGGCUUGGGCCAGGACGAACAAGCCAGCACCCUAGAGAUUUUGCCGAUUUGGGGGUGGCUUACUGGCUCGGUGGUGUGGUAAGAGGAUGUUUAUUUCCUGGGCAAGCUGACCUGUGAAUGUAGGAAGUAAUAGUCUGGAAAAGUCAACUUAAGCGAGUGGGUCGUAGCAGUAUGGUGUCUCUGCACAAAUCUGAGUAUUCUUGUCUUUUAAAAGAGAAGUAAGGGAAAAGAGUGCUCUCAAAUCAGUCGCAGCCCAUGCUGACAACUAAAAGGUCCAUUUAAACAUUAAAAUAUGAAUUUUUCUGUUCUUUGUAUUUCAGUUCCUGGUCACUGGACUUGUCACAGUUCUUGCUGGCCAGUUUCCCUUUGUCUGUUUGGUGAGUUAAAGCCUUAAGAUGCACUUUUUUAAUAAAUCUAACUUAUCACCAUCAGAGAAAUCAGCCACAGAAGACUCUAAACCUGCCAGAAUUAAAGGUAGUUUAAGGAGUUUUUACUUAUCCUUCAUCGUGACGUGCUUCUUCUCAGGUGGGCUUCACUGUGUUUAUGAACUUGUUGGCAUCCCUCUCCUCUACCAUCGGUAUCGUGAUGUACAGCAUGGACCUGGGAGAAGUCAUUAGCGAUGAUUAUUGUUGGGACGUAGAAGAUAAAGACAGCUGCAUCUACAUGGAGUUUUUUUACAAAGUAAGCAAACUUUUACAGAAUAAAGCUGAUAUAUCGAAAAGUUGUGUAUAUUAUUCAGUGUCAACACAUCCCAUUGAAAAAAUUUGAACAGUGCUAGUCACGAUAGGUUCUCCCAGAUUUGUCAUCUGAGUCUUUUUUUUUAAAACAGUUUUUUUUACAUCUUUAUUUGUAAAACUAAAUAUAAUUUAAAAAUUCAGUUUUAUAUAUAUAUUCAAAAUCCAGCACACAAAAAGUGAAAUAUUUUAAGACGUUAUUUGUUUGAAUCAUAAUGAUUACGACUCACUGAAAUCAAAAGUCAACCAUCUAAAACUUUAGAAUAAUAUAAUUCACCACUGAGCAAUAGUCCAGUCCUCAACAUAAAUCUGAGAAGUUAAAAUUAACAUUGGCUGUUUCCCAGAUAAUUUAUUUGUUUGUACUUUAUACAUUAAACUCAAUGUAUUUUUACUGGAUACAUCUCUACUAACUUUAAUUUAAACUUUGGUAACACUCUAUUUGACACCUAUCUCUAUAACCCAUUAUAAAUAUAUGUAUAAUGCGUUAUAAUCACGUUGUAGCACUGUAUGACUUUAGUUAUAAACACUCAUAAAUUAUCAUAAUGUUUUAUAGCAAUAAUCAAAACACAUUAUAAAGCAUUUUAUCAUGACUCACAAGGUCAAAUAUUAUAACGUGUUAUAACUGUUAACGACUCACUGACAAUGCCCACAUAGAUAAUGUAUUAUACAUAUAUUGAUGAUAUAAUGAUAAAUGAUCAUGAUGCAUUAUACAGUGCUAUAACGUGAUUAUAACACAUUGUACAUAUAUUUAUAAUGCGUUAUAGUGAUAGGCGUCAAGUAAAGUGUUACCCAAACUUUCACUGAUUUUAAACUUUAUCUGAGUCAGAUUUAAUGAUCUUGUUGUUUUGUCUUGUCUUUGUCAGCGCAUGUUGAAAGCAAUGGACAUCACAAUGCUCAUCCUGACUGUCCUGCUGCUGAGUGUCAGCAUCAGUCUGUCUGUUCUGGCCAUCAGAGCUCUCUGCAGGAAGACAGAAAAGGUAUUAACAGAGACACAGCAUGAAAAAGUGGUACCAAAAUAAGCCUUACAAGCACUGGUUUAAUGCAAUGUUAGGGGAAAUAGACUAGCUCAUUCAAAUGGAGCAAUGUAGACACAGAUUUUAUAACGAUGUUGUGUUGCUUUCUAACGAGGAAUACUUCUGUUUCCUGUCAGCAGAGCUUCAGAGAUGUUGAGCCAGAGCUGACGGAAGUCCUCCUGACCAAGCCUGAGCCUUAAUAUUACAACAAAAACACAAAGAUGUUUGAGCUACACAUAAUUUCAGUACUUAAUCAUACAGUAUAUCAGCUUUACAAAUCAACAAAACUGCUUUAAAUCACAAUUACAUGACCAUCAUAUAGAUGCUUUGAUAUCGUUCUUGGACAUGUGUUUUAAAAUGUCAUAUAUCAGCUUUUAAACUGUGAGGAAAUAAAAGGUAAAAAGUCAAACAAAAAACUAAUAGAAAAAAAACAGGAAUGUUGGAUCACAAUAUUUAGACAGUCAAAGAUUUAUCUCUGCGAUUGUUUGAGUGUUCAGCAUUGUGCAACUUUUUAUCAGCAGCAAAAGAAAAAAAAAAGGUAAUUCAUGCUUGAUAUAAAAGUAGUGCCAAACUGUUUGUGAGCAUAAUUUAUUUCUAAGAGUUCAUCAAAUUAUUAUUUUACUGUUUGAAACAACACAAGAUAACAAAAAGUGGUCAUGCAGGCGCCAAAAGCGAUGAGAAAAUUCAUCUUGACAAUAGUGCCAAACUCUAAGAUAUCAAAUUUACUCUAAAAGAAUCAAACUAUCUCUCUAUACCUGCAGGAAACAUUUUUGUCAAAGUUCAUCACUUGAAAAUAAUGAAUCCAAUCGUGCACUUUAUUUUUUCUGCUGGUCUAAGACUUAACCAAGAUUUCUUGCACCAUCAUCUUGUGAAUUUGUUGUUAGCCUUGACGAUGCAACAGUUCCCAAACGUGUUCAACUGUUUGAUGGGGCUUUUAUUUUGAAGAACCUAAACAUGAAAGUUUCAUUUCUGAUUCUGCCAACUAAACAAACUAGCCUGUAAGAGAGAGCGUUUGCACAACCAAGUGUGAUUUCUGAACACAAAAGGAUCUGAGCAUGUGACUUUAUUAUGGAGAGCGGUCUGAGCUGAGACCGUUUAAUGUCCUACUUUAAGAGGUUAUCAUGUUUUAUCAGUCUGAGAGGAGAAAGAUGAGGAGAGGACUCUCAGUGUGACAGGACCUGUGAGACUAAACCUUCUCCUGGGCCUUUAGGACCCUGAUCCUGGUUUCAUUCAAAGAUUUUGUCCUGAUGGUUUCUGCUCUGUGGGAUGAGGAGGCAAACAAAGUGAGUGAUUUCUGGGAAAUGGCCCUCCCACCAGAGAUUAUUUUCCUUUUUCCUUUUUUUUUUUUUUUUUUUUUCAGUAUCAUGUCAACCUGUGACGACUCUGUUAGCCACUAGAUGGUGCUCAUUCUUUUAAAUUCACAUACAGCCUUAUAUUGUACAUCACUUUCUUCACUGAGGGUUUUCUGCUUAUGUAGCCUGUGAACUCUAGAGAUGCUUUUGUGAUGCGUUUUAUGAACAGAUGAAAAUAAAUAUAACUUUACCAUCUUAAUUUUACACAGUAUAAAAAGUGUCUUUAGAUCUUUUAUUCCCAGGAAAAGAAAUAUUAAAACCAAGUUAAGAAAUCGUACAUAGACUUGGCAUUAAUGACAACUUCAGUUUACUAUAUACUUAUUCUUUAAGCUUCACUGCAUAGAAUAAAAACAAUAAGAGGAAUGUACUAAAUUAUAACCUUUGUUGAAGUGCAGUUUAUUUUUUUACUUGUGCAUUUAAUAUUUUUUUGAUGCAAAUUCAACUUUGCACAGCAUUUAUUGAUGAUUUUAUUGCACAAUAACACUUUUUUUUUUUUUUAAUCUUUAAUUCUUUGUAAAUGUGGAUGUUAAUGUUCAACUUGAAGCUCCUGAGAGGAACUUCCUACUCUUGGCGCCCCCUGGGGAAAGAGACUCAUGCAUCUGGUGUGCAUGUGGAAGUUGUGCGUUCUGCCAAAGAAAUAGGAAAAGAAAAAUCCCAUAAUGAUUGCUUUUUUAAAACGGUGAUUUCUAAACCUAUUUGGUGGUCAGCUGCUUGGCCUUUCUUCUAAUAUCAGCAGUGCAUUUUUAUACAAAUAUCCUGAAAAUCUCUGCUUUGAUUAUAUUUAGAUCAGCACUGAAUUAUUCCGUUUUUCAUACAAAAAGUUUCUCCUUAACUGACUUCCACUGGUUUAGCCAGCACUUGUGUCUAUUAGAGGACAAUCUAAAAUUUUAUGGCGCAUAUAAACCCCCUUUCCUCUUGCCCUUAAUAAACUUUGUACCUGUCAUAUCUGGGAAUAAGCUGGAAUAAAAAUAAAUCUAUAUAUUUUUAUUCCUGCCUCAACAUGUACUUUUCCCUCAAAUACAGACUCUUAAUUUCCUUAUAAGUUUUAUAAUUCCAGGAUUUAGACCAUUAAACAUCAGAGCACAACAGAGGCACCUGUCUCUUUUUCUUCACACUAUAAUCCUCUGCUCCCCUCGCAGCAGGUGCGUUGAGUGUACUUGUUGAUUCAUGUCAAAUUCCUGUUGCACAGCGCAGUUACAAACACAGAGAAAGAGGCUUAAGGCAGAGCCACAGGUAUGUCUGUGUUUUCCAUGAAUAAUCGGUCCUGAAUGAUGAGGUGUCACACGUCUGCAGGAUACGGUACAGGUAUCGCUCACAAACUGAUCAACUUAUUCUGACACAAAAACAAGAACUAUAAGCUCAUACUAACUCAUAGUUUGUUAUAAAAGAUAUAUCACACUAUGCAAUCCCUGAUUAAAGCUCCUAUUAGGAGUUUUUUAAAGUUUAUGAAAUGAACUGAAAUUCAUAUUCAUGCUUCUUUACGGUGAUUCAAAGCUAACCCUAAUCUCAGCAACAAGAAUGACAAAUUUCAUACUGUAAUUUUUAACGCCUGAAACUGGUGCAAGAGGGUAGGUGAAAACAUCGUCCUUCAAACUUUUGAAGGUCAAAUUUAUCGAUUUGUGCCCGCUUGUUUGUGGGGGAGCUCUGACGAGUUGAUCACCGAGUGCAGCGGAAAAUUUAUGACUAUUACUUCAUGGGGAUACACAAGAACUCUGAUUGCAUUUCCAAAAAGUAAUAAUCUUAAAUGUUCUUCCUUGAGCUGUGAAACUCCGCUGCACUCGGUGAUCGACUCAUCAGGGCUCCCCCACAAAUGGCUGCUGGAGGAGAGUGGUUGAGUUGUGUUUAGUCUCUUUGCUAAAGAAACCUACAUGUACUGUUGAUGAAGUUAGGUGCUUUUCUGAGCAUUAUUUGUGGCUGUACAGUGGCGUUUUGGUUGAGGUUUGCGCAUGGAGACGUAGACGUACAGUGUCCAGUUGCCGAGUAAAGAGAGCACCAUCAGACCUGUGUUGAUGUAAACAGAGUUUAAAAAGGUGGAGAGGAUGUCUGAAGGCUUUACAUAGUUUCUGGCGGUACUACUGUUUGUUAUCAUAUUGCAAAACACUCACAGCUUGAGCAUUGUUCGAAAGGUAAAAGGUAUGAAAGGAUCUUUAUGAUGCCUCAGGUUACAUUUCGAUGUAAUUACGAGACACUAUCUGUGAUACCACCUCUAGAGCUCCUCAGUGGGAGACUUUUCUUUGACGCACAGUCAUCGAGCAGCGCCACAUAAGCCUGUCGGGUCUUGCCCAGACAUUGGUAUGCGAUGAGGGAGGACACAGGAGCAAAUAAACAAGGGUGGGGAUGGGGACGAUGAGAUGCUGACUGAGGCAUACGCCAACCUUACAACUCAAGAUAGAUGUAGUUUUAAGGAGAAUCUUCACCCGCAAAUUCCUCACGGUUUUAGAGGAGUCAACAGCAGGAGAGCGGUGGUCUCUCUGUGCUCCAGGGUCUUUUCUAAAUACAGUUCAAGGCCAAAGCACGGAAAAUAUGUAAACUCUAACCCUGUCAACAAAAAGAAAAGAACAUGUCGAUGAAAACAAAAACGUGAAGCUACAAGCUUUCACCUGCUGAUAACGCAUAGAAAACAAACGUGCCCACUGCUGCUUAUAGCCAACUUAUGUACUUAGGGGAAUUCCUGCUUUAACAGUUGGAGAAAUACAAACUUAACUAACCAAUUCUUGGCGCCCCCUGUGGACAAAGUGGUACCUUAUAUUUCUUGCUGAUCUUGUCCUCUGAGUACUAAAGUAGUUUUUCCGGGUUAAAAGACUCAUCCUGCUCUUUUUUACGGCCAAACUUGUGAAUAAUGUGAACAAUGGCGCUCCUGAUCUGUUUAAACGGUAUCACCUUGUUUGGCCAAAAACGUCCACUAGUUAUGUGUGUGUAUGUGUGUGUUUGUGAGUGUGUAUCAUGACAGCUCCACACUGGUUUGGCUGAGUUUUCAGAGCCCAGCAUGGAGCAGCACCAGCACACAGUCUGAGUCCUGAGAUCCAGGGUUUCUUGAAGGAUCAGGGGUUUUAUAUUUCCUUAAAGUUGCUCCACAUGCGUGUGUCGUCAAUGGCCUCUUUAUUUAACCAGGAGAACCCCACUGAGAUCAAAAACAUCCCUUUCUAAGAGGCUUUCUAAAAACCUCUAAAAACCUCUUACCUGCAGAUCCAGCCUGGCUCUGCUCUCUUUAGGGUUAUUAAUGUAUUUACCUCAACCUCGAGAAUUGAAGCUGAUGUAGAAGUGCAGUUCCCCAAGUGCCCACUAGAGGCAGGCUGCAGAAGCACCAGACACAACACACACACUCAUUCAAAAAGGCCCAUCUUUACAGCAAAAAUAAACACGUUUAAAACCUGAUUUAAAAAAAAAAGUUUUAUUCUGAAAAACUCAAUCUUCUCUGCACACACUUGUGCACAUGGUGAAUUUUCGUCACAUGUUAAUUUCUAGAACAUUAAGGUUAUGAGUUUGACAAAUCAGAGGCAGUUUGAGAGGAGGUUAAAGGCCUAGAUUCCUCCUUUUUGCAUCAUGGAGAGUCAGCCAAAAGUUUGGUUGUGUCAGUAUUUCCAAUACUGCUACAAACAGGCUUUGUAAUUCUGCUCCAGAGACAAACAGCUGACGUCACUGAGAUCACAGCCAUGUAAGUCAAAAGUCCUUCCUCAAAUUUCCUGCCUCUUGUUGGAUGCCUCAUCCAAGAGAUGUAAAAAUAACUUUUAAAAAAAUAGAAAUGUUAAAAAGUCUUGAUGGUCUUGGCUUCUUUUGUAAGGAAGUAUUUGUGUCGGUGCCUUUGAGGCCGCAGUAGCUAACCCAUAGAGCCGUCCUCCAAAUUAAGUUCAAGGACUCAAACAUCUGCGCUACAUGAGAGCUGAUUAGUGACUGACUAUAUUUAGCUGACUUUGAAGUCUUCCAACAUGAGCGUCCCCAUGAUCCAAACACUGUCCUUAUCUGCCCCUAUGGUUAAAGUGAGCUAGGUUCACGGUGCAUCUCAGAAACCAAGCCCCUCCCCAACCUCAUAUGACCAGCAUCAUCCAGUUCAAGUAUGUAACCGGUUCCUCAUCACCAAAAUGACUCCUGUCUCCAUUAAGAGUGAAUUAAGGCCACGAUGAGGUGGCGAGCGGCAGCACAAUGUAUUCCUGCAAGACGGGCGAAUCUUUUCGAUGCCUCGUGAUGUUUGUCUGCGUUCCUGAGGUCACCUGAUGGGCCGGACUCAAUGCAGGACUGUGUGGCCAAAUCAUAUUCAUGGAAGAGUAAUUCUGGUCUGAUUAAAAGCAUCACUUGUCUUAUUCAACGGUGUACGACGUGUAGUCCCCUUUAACCCACCUGGGCACAGACAAAAACCGGCCUGAGGCAGCUAUGUCAGCCUGACAGAGCUGAAGAUGGUGUGUGACGCUAAAAGAGCAGUUUUAUCAUUAUUUCUACACUUCUAUCAAAGUUCCUGGCAGGUACUCAAGUUAACCAACAGUUAUUUGCUUAAGUUUAGUUUGAAUAUGAUGUUUUUUCAUCGUCUUUGACAUAUCGGCAUUAAGACUCAUAGGCCUACAUCAGCAGCAGCACUAAAAUGUUUUUACCUAAUUUGACUUUAUUCUUACAAUAAUAUAUAUAUUUGAUCAUACAGAAAGCAUCACUCAUAAAUGCAAAAAAUAAAAAAUAUUCAAAAAAUCUACUUUUUGAUUGCUCUUGGGGGCCCCCUACUGGCCACGGGGCCCUAAGCAGGCACUUAGGCUAUGUUCACACUGCAGGUCAAUUCAGAUUUUUUAUUCACAUGUGACACAUAUCUGAUUUUCAUGUAAGUGUGAACAGUGCAAUUCUUAUUCUUUCAAAUCUGACCCAGGCCUCUUUUGUAUGUGGAAAUAAACCGGACAUGUAUCUGUUGUGACUGCAGUGUGGACGCUCAGGUCGCCUCAUCAGACCUAUACAUCAUCAAUAUGCGACAAACGUCACCAUUGUUCGACAACACAAACAGGCGCGGAAAGCAAUUUGUGCUUUGUGGGCAUGCAGGUCACUUCACAGACGCAUUCCGUUCACAUUAGAUGCUGCAUUCGUUGUUGUAAUUUGAACGACCGCACAAAAAGAUCGGAUUUAACAAAAAAUCUGAAUUGUGCAUCAUAACCUGCAGUGUGAACGUAGCCUUAGUUCACUUCUGCCUUGGGCUGGCUCUGUCCCAACCUUUAACCACGAAGUAUUUAGGAUGUGAAGUGUUAAAAUGCAAAUUUUUAAACAGUUUACAUGCUUAGUCUGCAAAAAUUUUUAAAGUCAUGGUUACACAUUUGUCUUCUUUCUUCAGAUAUUAACUCUAAAAACACAGAAUGAUGCUACACUUCCUUGCCAGCACAGCAGUUAGCAGCAAACUGGUGGGCAUGGGUGCAGCCAAAUAUAGCUGCUAGGGGACUUGAGAAUUUGGACAGAAAGUUCCCUCAAGAGUUAGUAAGAGACUGUAGACGUAUAAAAGAGUGGGUAAUAGUCUUAAAAUGUUAAGUGAACACCAGAUGAAUAAUCAGGAUUUUUUAUAGGCAAGCUGCUGCAAGUGUAAACAACCAGAUUUUAGCCAGGUAUACUAAGUAGGUAUUAUAUUUACUGUCAUGGUCGGUCAUUACAACCAGAAAACACCUCUAAGUCUCCCCAUAUUGGCAACACUUGUCAGUUUAGAUCUUUUUCAGACUCUAAGCUUUGUCUGAAUCUUGCUGAUGAAGCAGCAUGUGGGCCUCGGCUCGCUGAGCAUCGAUUCAAGUGGGUCAUUUGCCAGUGGAAAUUUGGAAAGCACUUGUGAGAGAUUUGCUUCGUUAAGAAGAAACUGGGAAAAUCUAAAUUCCUUCUGUCUCAGUUUUGUUCCAUUGGCAAACAGGUAUCUGUCUGUUCUACAUGCCCAGUAUGGUCAUUAUUCAAAGACUGUCUGAGCUCUCUGUAUUAACAUCAUUAUAGGAUUUCUCUCAGCACAUUUCUCUCCUCUGUUCUCCAAACUGUAACUUCAUGCUGUGACCAGUAAUCUUUAAGGCAUACAAGAGAAACCAGUCCCCUGUACCCCGUAUAUUCUUACUGUAAAGAAGAGAUUGUUUCAGUUUUGUCUGAAAUGCUGCUGAAAUUUUGUCGUCCUUGUUGUAAAUUUGACUUAUUUGGCUGUUUUAUGCAGCGUUCAAGUUAACUCGGGAGUCAGAAGUCCAAGCUGGGAAUGACGUCACACCCGAUAUACCAGCAUUUCAGUUACCAAGUCAGAAAAAAAGCAAAAUCGGAGGUGGAAACAAGAUGGCUACAUCUAAGAAAGUUAUUUUAGCACUUGCUGAAUAAUAAGCAAGGACAAGGCAGGCGCUAAAAUAACUUUCGUAGAUGUAGCCAUCUUGUUUCAGGCCUCUGAUUUUGCUUUUUACUGACUUGGUAACUGAAACGCUGGUAACUCAGGUUUGACGUCAUUCCCAGCUCGGACAUCUGACUUCAGAGGUAACUUGAACGCAGCAUUACUCACUUUGACAGGAAAGGUCAGUGGUCAAAUUUGGCGAGGCAUUGUAGAAAUCUAUGUUGUUACAUGAUCAAACAUCAAACCUACUAGCACUUAUAUAUCAACAUCACAAAAGUGUCAUUUCAUCAUGAGGAUGUGGCUUAUAUCCUUUUUUGGCUUUCAUGACUUCUGUCCAUUUAUUUUGAAAUAACACUCGACAUAAAACUACUCAGCGAUGUCUGACCCACUUGUUUUCCUCUGCACUUGUUCCUUUUUAUUGGUUUAUUUUGACCCGUCAUGGUGAUGUACGGCUGCGACAUGUGUCCUCAGAAUGUGCCCAAGAUAGAAAAGCCACAACCACAUAAUUACAGAGCGCUGUGGGUGUUUCCAAACCAGCUCCCCAUUAUAUCCUUUUCCUCUUUUCUUUCUUUUCUCUGAGCCGUUUAUUUCCCAACAGAACAGCUUGGUGUUAACUCAGCAGUGUUGCUCCGUUCUGUGCUCUUCCUCGCUGUUUUUGCUCACAUUUAAGUUGUUCACACCUCUGUGCAGGUGGCAUUUGAUGGGUGUGGUGAAACAACCUCUUACCUGGUUAUGUAAUGUAGUUGUUGUGUCGUAGUACUGGUUUAACUCAGCAGCUGGGAGGGAAACAGAUGAAGAGGUGUCCAUGAUGAAAUGUUUUUAAAAUAUCUCUUUGCUCCUGACACCUUCAUCGGGGAGAAAAACUUCAGUUCAUGUCGGUGUCUUUACUUUUUUUCCACUUCUGAUAAAUUUGACUGAUACUAACAUCUCCCACAAAACAAUGACUGACUGCUCAAAGCUGCAGAAAAAGAAAACUAUAGUUCUUUAACAUGCAAACAUCAGUUCAGAAAGUGUGAAACAUGAAAUUUGUUUGUAGCAUUUAUUACAAUCAUUGCUUUGGAGUUUUCACUCUUGAGAGAUUAACAACCCAAAUAUAUUGUCUGCAAAUGUUACAAAGCAGUGCAACAAAAACAAUCAUUUUACAGUAAAUAUUAGGCUUGUUUUGGUCUGAUAAUAACAUUUACAAAGACACAAACAAGGAAGAGACACAGGCGGAGAACAACAUAUCUUAAAAGGUUAGUGGAGAACCAGUUUGCAGAGCUGACACAUUUUAAACAAUGUAGUGUCCAUGUCAAAGUUAGAUUAAAACUAUUAAAAAAUAAAUCCCAAACCCAAGAUUUACACUUCUAAUUUUAAUUGACUAUAACUUUUGUAUGCAUUAAAGCAUAAACAGGAGUGUCCAAGGAUCAAACCUGGUCCUGAUACAGUUCGGUGACCUUCAUCCUCCCUUUCUACAUUGUCUGUCUCUUUCAAGCUGUCCUAUCCAACAUAGAAAAAACAUCCAAUCAGUGAUCCUAAAAUAAAACAAGUGUGAGAAAAGCUGCAGAUUUUGAGGUGGUGAAAAUAUUCCAGUUUGUGUUGCACAGCAUAGCCAAACAGGUUAAAAGAAAGCAGUUAUGUGAGGAAUCUGUAUGUAAACUCAGUGUUGCUGUCACUUUGCCUAAGCAUAUUCACGGCAGGGUGUGUAAAUUAAGUUUCAGGACUUUCCUUGUGUUAUUUUGUGCACUUUUUUUGCACUAUAACCAGUAAACACGUAAAAUGGGUACCUUUAUAUUUUCAUUACAUAUCUGGAGACACUUUCUCUCAUGGUUUGGAGCCCUGAACUGACCGAGGUCACGGCUUAUCUCCACCAGCAGAGGGUUAUCUCUGCACAACAGCUGAACAUAACAUUGACUAGACCAGCACAUCCUGCAAACUAAACAAAAACACAGGUUUGAGGGUUCAACUGCAGAUCUUGUACCCAAAUUUCCUAUCGACUUUCUCAGUGCAACACUAACUAAUAGAUAGCUGAUAGAUAGCAAAGGAAAAGGAGGUACUAAGACUCAAUAAAGUGACUCUCUCUUGCAUUUUUUUUCAAGAAAUAAACACAGCUGCAUGAAAUCAAACAGUCAUUAUCGCUGGUUUGGUGUUUUUCUCUUUCUCUCUUGGAGGAUGGACACUUCCUCUGCUGCUCUUCGUGAAGUUUCCCCUUUUCUGUUUCGUUCCAAACUUUUUUUUUCUGCAGGUGUCGGAGUGCAGCUGGGAAUCCUCGCACAGAUUGUCAAUCCCAGAGAGGAGAGAGAUAAAUUUGCAAUAACUAGACUUGACUUUAUGCAUCCUUACUCCUAUAAAAAACUAUCAGUAGAAUUUCAAAGAUUUAGAGACUAAUAGAGAGGUGAUACUAAGGCACAUAGUGUGUAAUAUUUGAUAGCUGAGGCCAAGCAGAGAGGCAGUGAUAGACUGUGAUUAUCUGUGUAAAUAUGACGUAUCCGACAAACAUAAGGAGUGACUUUUGUCAGGUGAACACAGUUUUCAGUGUCUGAAACUUCAGGCUGAGUGAACGCAGACGUACAGGGGCUUGUGCUCCUCCCAGUAGUAGAGCUCCUCUGUGAAGCUCCAGGAACAGGCCAGAUCUUUGCUCAUUUUCACCGUGUGGACUAUGCAUUCGCCGGGCAAAAUCUCAAACAGGGUCUCAGCCAGACUCACCACCGAGAGCCUCUUCUGACUCUGGAUCACCUGCUCGAUUCGAUUCCUGUCCACAGGCUCAGGCGAGGAGCUGUACGACACCACGAUGUUCAGUUUCUCAUCUGAUGAGGGGACCUGGAAGCGGCUCUUCCCUGUCGGGCAGUGGAAGACUUUCUUUUUGUUUAACAGGCCUGAAGGAGACCUGAAUAUACGCACAGACCACCCCACCCAGUCAUACUUCUUCUUGAGCUUCUCUAUGAGAGCAUCAGCUAGCUGCUGAUUGGUCAGCUCUGGAUGGUCUCUCACCAGGCGGCGGGAAUCCAGCUCUGCCUGCUUGGGGAAGCUUUCAAUGCAGUCUAAGAUGACAGCAUUCAUUUUCUCCUGGACCACCUUCAUCUUCUCACCCCAGUCUUUCAGAAGUGCAUCCUCUUCAUCGUAUCCCUUCAGAGCGGCGUGGCCCAGCAGAGCGAUCAGCCCGAUACAGAAGAGCUUCUUCAGCCUGGCACAGAAGUCCUCCACCGGCCGGCGACUUUUCUCCUCAUAGUUCAGGGUGAUCUCCAGCACAGAUUCCCCGGAGAAGUUAUCUCCUGUCACCGAGUUGUAGAGCGUGUGAAGGUUUUUGUCCCCGCCACUUUUGCCAAAGUGGUCGAGGAAAAGCUUCUUCUUGACUUCCCUGAACUUUGGCUUGGCGUUGAGGAUGUCCAUGUACUUCCUGAACUGGUUAGUGAUGUUCUCCUCCACGGGGAAAUACACAGCAUCCAACCCGCUCUUCUUGAUCUCAUCGUUGAUCCUCUGGAUCUCCUCCGAGACCACCUCCAGGCGGUCUCGCACCCUCUGAAACUGCUCCUUCAUGUAUGUUGCCUCUUUGCUCUCUACGUUGUCCAGAGCCAGUUUGACGAUCGGAGCUGCGAUGGCGAAGACUGGGAAAAGGUCGCCGGCGAUACUUGCAACCACCUCAGCUCCUUGUUCAAAGACCUCCAUCACAUUUUCCACCAUAUCCUUCUUCUCCGACACAAGCCUCUGUAGCUCUGCCAUCUUUGCUGCUGUGAGUCAGACUGGUCCUGGGAAGGGAAAACAACAACAUACUUAGAAACAGUCGGCAAACACAGAAAGGGAUAGCAGUUUAUUUUUUAGAUUGGGUUGAAUGAGGUACUUGAAGACAUUUAAGGGCUGGAAGUUUUCCAAGUAGAGUGUGGUGUUUGGGUCAGAGUGUCUGAAGAUUAGCUAAACUGUGUGGCAGACCUGAUAUCUUCUGUAGCAGCUGAUAGCCUAGCUUCCUUUCCGGUUCUCCAGCUGGUUUUUCAACAAAGAAGCUGAACAGACCAACGUCCCCUAUGUCCAAUACACUGACGACUGACAAGUACCUCAUAUAUCAUCACUUCAAAAAGACCAAACUACCCCUUGAAGCUAGUAAAACUCUCCUGGAAACAAACUGAAGCUGUAAGAAACUGAUAAUAAUUGUAGCAUCUAUUUUAAUCGUACUGAUGCGACCAAAUGUUUGGGUUUUCUGGUGUACUUACAGUUCUAUUUCAGUGUUGUUGGACUGUGGCCUCCUCCUUCGCUGCUCUUACGACACAGCAAAAACUGAUAAGGAAAGAGAGAAACAGCAGAGUGAGCUUCUUGGCUGAAGGCCACACCCCGUGAGCAAUGAGUCAAACAUGCAGAGGGAAUUCAGCAGUGACAGAGGACUGGACAGGUUAAACUGUCUCUAUGUUACGUCUGUGUGUUUAAUAUUUAAAGGAUAAGGUAAAAAGUGAAGAUGGUGGACUGUAUUAGAAUGGCAAAAGGGAAAUAGGUACUAUUUAUCCCUGACAGCUGCAAGUUUGUUCAGUUUAACAAGAUGUAGCAGCACUUGUUUACAGCUGACAGAGCUAAGACAAGUAAUUAAAACACAAUGUUGAAUAUAUUUCACAUAUUAAUCCCCAUUUUUUAGAUCAAAAUACUGCAAUGCAAGACACAAUCAAUCAUCUGUGCUUGUUUAUUUCAUCUCCAAAGUGAAUUUAAAAUAUCCUCUUAAAUAAGUGUUACUGUGGCCCUGAGUAAGAGUUCAAAGCAGUAAAAGCUAAGUUUUUCCAUGAUACUCAGCGUUUGUUGAUAUGACAGAAAUUACUUCCAGCCUGGUGUUGUAAAAAAACAGAAAGUGCUGGACUUCAAAAUUUUGAUCAAACAUCAACAACUCCUCCUUAAGGUCAGAAAACAGAAAAAAAGUUCACUUUCAGAGCAGACCCUGUUCACUGCCUGGGCAUGUUCAGACAUGUCCUUUUGCAAAACUGGAAAUGUUUAACGUGGAAAUCCAAUUUUGGCACAAAUGUAGCGUACAGUCACCGGCUACACAAACAGAGUCUCAUGCUCAUGAUCUAAGAAGGUAAAGAUCUUUUCAUCAUGUGCUGUCAUCGAGGUUUCUGACCUUUAGAGAGUUGUAAAUAUUCUCGUUUUUAACUUGUGACUGAAUGAAGCUGCAGUGAUGUUUCCCCCUCAGUUAGUUCGGUCAAUAACGGAGCAGAAGGCGUGGGAUGUGAUUAAAGAGAAGAGGUUAAACUUGCUGGGCAAGGGUGCUGUAUUCCAGUGUAUCUCAGCAGGUUACCGUAGCAACAAGACAACGGAAAGUUAUCUGUCAGCUGGUUUGACUCUCUGCUGAGAUCUGCUCUGGGGGGUUUAUCUGACUGCACUGCAGGGAAAUGAAUCCACUUCUCAACCAUCACAGUCUGUGGUUCACCUACGUCCACAGACGUUCAUACAGAAGAGGGAUGUUUACACUGGGAGGUUCCUCUUAUCAUAAUACUACAUAUCUGUAUCUCUAAAAAGUCUAAAAGGAGUAAAAUUGACAUUUUGAGGGGUUCAGUUAUAGCUUAGUGACUGAGAGUUGCUGAAAAUACUUUUUCUGAUUCCUCCACUGACUACCAAGCAACAGUCAAAAUCCUAUUUAGCUUAGCUUAGCUUAGCUUAGCUUAGCGUGACGAGUUCAGACAGGGCCAGUCUGAUAGUCUUCAUGUAACAAAAGUUGGCAACACACACCUCUUAAACUCAAAGUCAGACAUGAAUCUGAUUUUAUUCAGAAAUUUGAGUAACAAUCACACAUUACUGUUUUUUGAGGUUCUCCCCUGCCCUACACUGCAAAAAACUCAGUGUUAAUUCAUGUCAUUACUCAACAAAAAUCUCUUUAACAACUGAUGUGAUGGAAAAGAAGUAAUAUCAACAAGACUUCAUUCAUAGACUUCUGAGCUAAAGCAACAAAGUGCAGACGAUCCCUGCAGGAUGUCGGAUCGUUCACAGUUACUGUAUCUUAUUUAAUUAGACUGUGUUAAAACUGUGAUUCCUGUUUUCUACUGAUGGUCUCUCUCUCUCUCUCUCUCUCUCUCUCUCGCUCUCUCUCAGGCUCCCAGGGGGUGUGUAAAUGCAGACUGAGUGCAUGUAAAGCUCUUUCAGGCUGUUCUGACAGAAAAUAGCUGAAAGAAAUCAAAUUUUCAGACAGCGUUUCAGAGUGUUUUUUGCACUUUCUAUGCACAGGCUUUUUUUCUGGUAAGAGCCCUUGACUCAUUAAACCCUGUAAGCUUCA